CGGAAACGCUACCGCCUUCCGUUUCAAGCUCCCGUCACGACAGAAGCAAUCGAGGCGCAGCUGAUUUCUCAACGGGGACCUACAGUCGGAUUGCUCUUCAACCUAGCGCAGCGAUGCGAGAUCGCAGAAAACAGCUUUACGGCACUGACUGAGAAUGGAGAUGCGCAAUGCAAGGGCGAAUGAACCCCAAUGGUCAUCAAUACCAACCGAACUCCUCCUCGCCGAGCUAUCCAGACGUGGAGAUGCCGACGACCGGCCAGCAUGCGGCUCCGGGAAGAGAGGCUCCUACGACACGGGGUUGCACGUCUUCGCCCUGUUCCUCAUCCUGUUCCUGAGCACCUUGGCAUGCGGCUUCCCCCUAUUCUCGCAACGCUUGACCAAAGGCAGCAGCCGAACCCAGCGCAACAUCAUCUUCCUCUGCCAGCACUUCGGCACCGGCGUGUUGAUGGCCACGGCCUUUGUCCACCUCCUCCCGACCGCAUUCACCUCCCUCACCGACCCCUGCCUGCCACACGCGUUCAGCAAGGGAUACCGGCCGCUCGCGGGCCUGAUCGCCAUGGUCUCGGCGCUGGUGGUUGUGGCCCUCGAGUCGUACCUCACCACGCGCGGUGCGAGUCAUUCGCAUUCGCACCAUGUCUGGGAGGAGGGGGACGAGGAUGAUGAUAGCGCGGGGGAUAGCGACGGGGAUAGUAUUAGCCGUGGGCGCGCCGCUCGACGUGGUGGACGGCCGGCAAGUGUUGCGCUGGAUGAUUUGGAAGCGACCCAGCGCCUCGUGGCGAAUGCGUCGCCGCUUCCGGCGUCAACGCCGACGUUUCCGCCCGCCGAGGAAUCCUUGCUUAAGAACCAUCAACAAGGCGAAGCGCGGGAAGGGGAGGAGGGCAAAGAGUCGUUGGACCUCGAGCUCAGUUUCGAAGAGUUGCGCCCGGCGGCGGCGGCGGCGGCGGCGGGCGGUGAUUGCUGCGCGCAAACGCACCGAAAGCGCCAACCAGGUCAGCGAGAGUUCCCCCACGCGCCGCCCAACGCGGAGGAGCAGAAACGGCUGCUCCUGCAGUGUGUGCUUCUGGAGGCCGGCAUCCUCUUUCACAGCGUCUUUAUCGGCAUGGCGCUCUCGGUGGCUACCGGGCCGACGUUUGCCGUGUUUCUGAUCGCCAUUUCUUUCCACCAAUCCUUCGAAGGCCUCGCCCUCGGCACCCGCAUCGCCGCGCUGCAUUUCCCACGGUCUUCACCCCGUCCCUGGCUCAUGGUGCUCGCUUUUGGAGCCACGACGCCCAUUGGCCAGGCGAUUGGGUUGUUUGUGCACAGGUUCUACGACCCCAUGAGCCAGACGGGCUUGCUCAUGGUUGGGUUCAUGAAUGCUAUCUCGAGCGGGCUGCUGCUGUUUGCCGGGCUGGUGCAGCUGCUGGCGGAGGACUUUUUGAGUCAGAAGAGCUACAAGACGCUCAAGGGCCGGAGGCGGGUCAAUGCCUUUCUGGCGGUGGCCGGAGGGGCGGGGUUGAUGUCUGCUGUUGGUGCGUUUGCUUGAGAUGCACUGUUUGGGUAUCAUAAGACUGGUCGCUCCAGGGCGUUAUGGGCUUGGGUUUUGUUUUGGCGUUAUCUGGGACCAUUAUUGGUAUGUUCGAGCAUAAGGAGCUGGUUUUGAAGAGUAUUUAUUUGUUUCAAUAUGAGGAUAAUCAUCC